AUGGCGCCUAUUGCAAAGAUCGAGUACUUCCGUGUCAUGCCUAGAUGGCUCUUCGUAAAGAUCACUGACACAGAUGACCGGGUCGGCUGGGGUGAAGCUACCCUCGAAGGCCACACCGAGGCGGUCGAGGGCACCCUGGAUGGCUACGCGAAGCGCUUCACCGGAUUCGAGGCCGAUGAUAUCGAGGAGAUCUGGCAGCAGGCAUGGCGUAAAUCCUUCUACCGCGGCGGUCCGGUGUUCAUGAGCGCAUUGGCCGGCAUCGACAUCGCGCUCUGGGAUCUCAAGGCACGUAAGCUGGAUGUACCAAUUUGGCAAUUACUGGGCGGUAAGGUCAGGGAGCGGGUGCAGGUGUAUGCCUGGAUUGGUGGAGACAGGCCUAGCGAUGUCGAGCAGGCGGCGAGAGAGAGGUUUCAGCAGGGCUUUAGAGCCGUCAAGAUGAAUGCUACGGAGGAUGUCGGGUGGCUAGACUCACCAUCCGCGCUGCAGUCUAGUGUCGAGAGGCUUAAGAUUGUCAAAGCGUUAGGCAUGGACGCUGCUCUGGACUUUCAUGGGAGACUUCACAAGCCCAUGGCCAAGCAGCUUGCCAAGGCUCUUGAACCACAUGGACCGCUCUUUAUCGAAGAGCCACUCCUCAGCGAACAUCCUGAGUCCAUCAAAGAGCUAUACGGCCUCACAACCUGCCCCAUAGCACUCGGCGAGCGGCUAUACUCCCGAUGGGACUUCAAGCGCUUCUUCGAAGACCGCAGUGUCGAUGUCAUCCAGCCAGACAUAUCCCACUGCGGCGGCAUCUCUGAGCUAAGACGUAUCGCUGCGAUGGCGGAAGCUUAUGAUAUUGCCGUUGCACCACAUUGUCCGCUUGGGCCUAUCGCUCUCGCGGCGUGCUUACAGAUCGGCAUUUGUACGCCUAAUCAUGUGAUCCAGGAGAUGUCGUUGGGCAUACACUAUAAUGUUGAGGCUGGAGAGUAUGACAUCAACAGUUACGUCAACAACCCGGAGGUCUUUGCGGUUAAGGAAGGGCAUGUAGAGAAGCUGACAGGGCCGGGGCUGGGAAUCGAAGUGAACGAAGACUUGGUCAGAAAGGUGGCGGAAACAUCUGUGGUUUGGCCACUGAAGGGCUUCAUUGGGAGAGAUGGCGGCUACCGAGAAUGGUAG